AUGACGAUAUCAUCAGCACAGUGUUUUUGGUUUAUUUUACUGUUGCAAGCAAUCGAGCAUUCAAAACCGUGUGCCGAUAUAGUUUUUGUUUUGGAUGGUUCCGGUAGCGUCAAGCAGCAGUUCAAGCAAAUGAUCAAUAUGGUUAGUGAUCUGGCGAAACAAUUUGACAUCGAGAAACGGGGACAUCGGAUAGCGAUUCUGGAAUUUAGUAGCAAAGCAAUUCUCUCCAAAUGGUUGCGAUAUCCUUUCGACCAUAUUAAGGUAGUGAGCAUGAAAGAUUUUCUGACGAAUAGUGACAUGGAGAAAGUGAUCCAGAACUUACCCCAUAUCCAUGGAACAACAGAUACUGGGCGAGCUCUCGGUGUAGUACUUCAAGAAUUCCUACCUCAACAUCGAUCUGGCUCACUAUUCCUAAUAUUUGUUAUCACUGAUGGCUACUACAGGGAUACCGAGGAAGUGCAGCAGAACGUUGCAAGUCUCGUGGCUAAACCGAAUGUUCAACUUUUUGUUGCAACUGCUUCAAAGCUGCAUAACAUGCAAGGCUUAUUACUUCUUGUUAACAAUGACUCAUCACAUAUCGUAGCAAAUACAAAUUUCCUGAAUAUCUCACAGAAUAUCCUGAAACCAUACAAUGAAUGUUUUGAUUUGGGAACUUCCUUCAUUCAGAAGAAGAUAAUUUCAUCACCCACGAUUAUCAAUAAUACCUCCACAAGCACCACUACAACCAAACAUCGGAUAAAUGGGCAGAGAAAUGUUCGUAAAAAGGCGAAAUAUUCUGAAAAUUUGGGAUCGAAAAGUGACAGUCUUGCUGAAUUUGCUUCCCGACCAGUGCGCUUCGUUGACACAUCUUCUAAGAGGACAGUUAAUUUUUCUACCCUACCAACAGUAUCUACGAUCACAACUAGAAAUAUCCCGAUGAAAUUCGAUAUCAAACCAGGAUGUCUACUGGACGUUGUGUUUUUGAUGGAUUUCUCUGGUGGAGUAUCGGAUAAACGUGACGUUUACAUUGAUUUCGUAUCAAUUCUGAUCAGGUCCUUAGAUCUUAACCGAACAUCCGCACAUGUAGCUGCGAUAUAUUAUUCGGGUCCGAAACGAGCGCGCACACUAUUUCAUUUACGUAAGCAUAGCAGGACAGAAGAGGCCAUCAAGGAUUUGCAUCAAGCACCAUCAAACGGUGGUACAACACGUACCGGAGAAGCUAUUUAUUACGCAAUCAAUGAAUUCAGUGAAAAAUUUGGUGCAAGGAAGGGUGCUAAAAAAAUGAUCAUUAUUUUCACCGAUGGAUAUUCACAGGACAACCCGGCUGAAGCAAGUCGAGCUGCCCAUAUCAAAGGUAUAGAAUUAAAAGCGGUAUCUGUAGAGGAUGAGAAUGUACCGCCUGAUACGAAACAAAUUAUUGCCAUCACUGGAGAUCCAUCAGAUACUUAUUCCUCCAAAGACUUCAAGAAGCUCCAGUCUCUUUUCGGUGAGUAUUCUCGACGAUGCAAAUUGUAG